CUUUUCCCUCUCUCUCUCUCCCCCCCAGACUCGUACUCAACAUGCGGGCAGCGAGGGCAGCAUCUCUCGACCUCCGUGGCGUCCCUGCCCCCCCCAGGCCUCCAGUAGCUCCGCCCCCAGCUCCCCCGGCCUCCCGCCGCUCCGUCAGCACCCUGAAGAAGUGGCUGACCAAUCCUGUGCGCAAGCUGAGCCGCCGGCGCCACCAGCGUGGGCGGGGCCAAGGGGGAGCGGCAAGUUCGCAGGCUGGAGGGCAAGCCCCCCUCCGCUGCCCCCGUGCGGCCCGCAGCCUGGACCAGUGCAGCCCCUCCGGCCCUGACGAGCCCCCUCCACCGUCCUUGCCGUCACCCCGCAAACAACUGGAGUGGAGGGGUGGCCUGGCCAGUCCUGAGGACUUGUCUCCUGGCAUGCUGCAAUCUCCCAGCUACCUAGCAGACUCUUUACAGGGCUGCACACUGCUGACACAUCCACAGGACGCCCAACCCACCAACGCCUUGCUCGAGGACGACGGCUCUGUCCUGAUGGACGACGCCUCCAGCCAAUCAUCGGCCGUGGCCGACACCGAGGAGGAAAGGAGGAGUGCCUUAGAAAAGAGCAUGUACGUGUUGACGGAGUUGAUCGAGACAGAGAAGCUGUAUGUGGGAGACCUGGCUCUCAUCGUGGAGGGCUACAUGGCCACCAUGAGCUCCAGAGGAACACCUGAGGACAUGAAGGGAAAAGACAAGAUUGUGUUUGGGAACAUUCACCAGAUCUUCGACUGGCACAAAGACUAUUUUAUGGCCGAGCUGGAGAAGUGUGUGUCUGAACCAGAGAGACUAGCCCAGCUCUUCAUCAAACACGAGAGGCGUCUUCACAUGUAUGUUGUGUACUGUCAGAACAAGCCUAAGUCAGAACACAUCGUCUCCGAGUACAUUGAGACCUACUUUGAGGAGCUCCGGCAGCAGCUGGGCCACAGGCUGCAGCUCAACGACCUGCUCAUCAAGCCUGUCCAGAGGAUCAUGAAGUACCAGCUGCUGCUCAAGGACUUCCUGAAGUAUUACACCAAGGCUGGGAUGGACACAGAGGAGCUGGAGAAAGCUGUAGAGGUCAUGUGCUUUGUGCCCAAACGCUGCAAUGACAUGAUGAACGUGGGUCGACUACAAGGCUUUGAGGGGAAGAUCACAGCCCAGGGGAAGCUCCUUCAGCAGGACACCUUUACCGUUAUCGAGCAGGACAGCAGCUUCCUGUCCCGCGCCAAGGAGAGGCGGGUCUUCCUGUUUGAGCAGCUGGUCAUUUUCAGUGAGCCAAUCGACCGCAAGAAAGGUUUCUCGUUGCCGGGCUACAUCUUCAAGAGCAGCAUUAAGGUGAGCUGUCUCGGGGUGGAGCCCAGCGUGGAGGGGGAGCUGGGACGCUUCGUGUUGACGUCUCGCGGGACCGACGGCAGCGUGGUGCGCUUCCAGCUGCAGGCUGCCUCGGCCGAGGUGGCCACGGCCUGGGUCGACGCCGUGGGCCACAUCCUGGAGACCCAGCGCAACUUCCUCAACGCCCUGCAGUCGCCUAUCGAGUACCAGCGCCGCGAGAGCAAGUCCAACAGCCUGGGCCGCAGCAUGAGGCCCACCCUGUCCUCCACCGCCGCCCUGCGGCCUCACUCCUCCGCCUCCAUCGACCGCCAGCGCCUGCCCUGCCUGCGCUCCUACAACACGUCCCUCCCCACCCUCUACCUGCCCAGCCAGGGCCAGAGCCAGAGCCAGGCCCCCGCUGACAGGCACCGCGAGUCUACACUGGUCCAUAAUUGCCAAGCGGAGGUCAACUCCCAGACAGUCUCCCCAUCACACAUUCAGCUGGCCUUCCCUAACCAGGCUGUGCCGCUACACUGCCAAACUGUCACCAACGGGUUGUUCGGCCCCGUCAUGCAGAACACACAGCAGAGAGCAGGAGAGGGCUGUCGCAGGGGCCUUCCUGAGGCUGGAACCCACACUCCCAUGGUCGGCCAGGCCCCUUCCUCUGGACGGCGCUCCAGCAACCUGACCCAGCUGGCUGAGGACGACCUAUGAACUCUGAGGGGGGGGGGGGGGGGGGGGGAGGUCUCUGGGGUCCAGUAGCCCUCGCAGGCUGGCGGUGAAAGCUGGGCCUGCUGGUGUCCUCUUCAGCUUUCUGAGACCCUCUGUCUUCUCCCUGAGGUUCCCCCCGAAAGCACAAGCCAGGAGAGCCAUGAAGAAAUGACACAAACCACUGUAGUUUUCGGUUGGGGCGCUUGUCAGCUUGAGGGAAACUCGCUUUCACCCCUGCUGCUACGUGCUUGACUGUGGUGGAGUUGAGUGGAAGGACGCUCGCCGGACACGUGGGGAGAUGACUGGGCGAUGACUCAUGUUGUUUUGUUUUUUUUCCAAGAAUUUCUAUAUACUGUAUAUUCUGUCUUUUAAAGGGCAAGGUGAAGAAAAAGGACCAUUCCUGAUUGGGAAGACCACUGGAGGUCGCUUGUGUGAAGUGUAUGUGUGUAAAUAUGCGCGUGUGUAUGUGUGUAUGCGUGUUGGUAUGGCACGUGUGUGUGCAAGCGUAGAGUUUGCACAGGAUAGGCGGUGUAUCUUGUAAACAUGCAGAUAAUUCCCCUUGUGGUCUCUGUUUCCCCCAAGAGGGACAAUGGAAAUGAGUGUGUGUUGACUUCUUUGGUUCCUUCAACCUGCUGGUUCUCUGAUUGCCAUUUGCCAGGACAAAACAAGGCUAUUUACAGGCUCUUCAAAACGUGUCCAAACACUGCGAUAGCCCCUCCCACACAAGACAAGCAACCAAAGCAGAAGGACGACAAACACACUCGAUCGGGAUAGAGCAGAUGUGAAGUCAUCUGAAUUUCAUGCAACAGAACAGAAGCUCCUGGCGUCUGCCACGGCGUAUCAAAAGGGCGAGAACUCUCCCAUGCUCUCUUAUUCCGUUUGAGUGUUUCCACUGAAGUAUGGCUGCUGUUUGAUCCAGACCAGAAAGGGGGUAAGGGAGCCCCGUAGAGGCCUCGCGCCUGGGAGACGUCACGGGAGGGCCUCGGUCAUGAACGCGGCAACCUAAAGCUUGUCUCUUGGUUGGACGUGCAAGAAUGUGAGAGGGACUACAAUGUCUACGGCCAGAACUCCAGUCCUCCUGGAGCCUAGGUUGUUAUAUCACAUGGAGCUUUGUUCUUAGCCAAGAUGGGAGUUGUUUGACGUGGUUUAAGAUGAAAUGUGCUAAAAUAGCUAACGGUCCAAUCAACCUUAAUCUUUCUAUUACUUUUUGCUACCACACAAAAUUCUGCUGAGCCUGCAUCUCUAAGCAGCUUCGAUUAGACACUAUUAAUGAACUGGAUAAUUGGUCGAUAAAUUGAGAAACUUUUAAUAGAAAAAUGCUGAAUCUGCAUGCGACAUUUGUGCCAAAAUUGAGGGGCUUCAGAUUUCACACUUGCCUUCUCUGUUCAGUUACUGUUGCCACUAUUGUGUAUAGCGAAGACUAAAAAACUGUCUUCAUAAACUUGAGACCUCUGCUUAAAAUACAUUUCAAAGUGUGGGUGUUAUUUUAGUAUUGCCAAUUAUAUUCUCAAAUUGCAAACUGAAGCCAUGCAUCAUUGGUACAGUAACAAGAGUGAGGGGGUUAGGCAGUCUAAAUUCACAUUAAGCUGCGUUACUGCUCAUGGCCAGUAGAGGGCCCUACAAUGCUUUUACAGUUCCCUUAGCAAGCUCUGCAUUGAAGAUCAAUUGGCUUCAGUAUCAAUGUACCGCAAGCAAACUUUGCCUUUUACAUUUGAUCCCUAAAUAAUCCAUAUUAAACGAGUGUUAUUCUAAAAACCAAUCAAAAAGACUUCAUUUGUGAUUUACCUCCUGUUUUACAAACUGUUGUAUUUGAUUGAAUUUUAUGAUCAAGUAUUGGUGUAAGUUACAUAAAGAUCCACUACAACCUGCAUAAACAGAGAGACUUAAGAUCACGGGACAGUAUGUUAAGAUGCCAAGUUUCACUGAGUAGACUCUGCUAUAUCAUAUCAAAUAAAAGAAGUGUCUUUUUUCUGGGAAAA